AGGGGGAAGCGCAUGCGCUCCGCACAUGGGACAGGGGGAGGCGGCCGAGGAGCCUAACGCGCGGCUUCGCCCACCCAUGCAGAGGAGGAGGGGGCGGUGCCGUACGCGCUUGGAAGAGCCGGGGGGCGUGGCUUUCCUUAGUAGUCCCAGCUCGGAAGGAAGUGACAGCAGCGGCGGCGGCGAAGAAAUUUGGUGGCGCGCACAACGGCGCGCGAAGAUACCGGCCGUACGCACGCGCCGGCCGGCCCGCCCACGCCCGGCGCAGGCGCACGGAACACCUUUAGAGCGCACGCGCGGGAGCUCAGCGGGGCUGCCGUCGCUGGCCGCCAUGGAACGAAAAGUUUUAGCAUUGCAAGCCCGGAAAAAACGGACCAAAGCCAAGAAAGAAAAGGCCCAGAGAAAGCCUGAAACUCAACACCGUGGCCCUACUGCCCAUGCAGAGAAUGACCUUCCUGAACAAGAAGAAGAAAUACUGGGAUCAGAUGAUGAUGAACAAGAAGAUCCCAAUGAUUAUUGCAAAGGUGGUUAUCAUCUAGUAAAAAUAGGAGAUCUGUUCAAUGGAAGAUACCAUGUAAUCCGAAAACUGGGAUGGGGACACUUUUCUACAGUGUGGUUAUCGUGGGACAUCCAGGGGAAGAGGUUUGUGGCAAUGAAAGUUGUAAAGAGUGCUGAGCAUUACACAGAAACAGCUUUGGAUGAAAUUAAAUUGCUGAAAUCUGUCCGCAAUACUGACCCAGAUGAUCCAAAUCGAGACGGGGUAGUUCAGCUUUUAGAUGACUUCAAAAUCUCAGGAAUUAAUGGUUCCCAUAUUUGUAUGGUAUUUGAAGUUUUAGGGCAUCAUCUUCUGAAAUGGAUCAUCAAAUCAAAUUAUCAGGGGCUUCCACUUCUUUGUGUAAAACAAAUCAUCCUUCAGGUCUUGCAAGGUCUGGAUUAUUUGCAUGCUAAAUGUCGGAUUAUCCAUACUGAUAUUAAACCAGAAAACAUUUUGCUGUGUGUUAAUGACCAGUACAUCCGUAAACUAGCUGCAGAAGCUACAGAGUGGCAAAGAUCUGGAGCCCCUCCGCCUUCUGGCUCUGCAGUGAGUACUGCACCGCAGCCCAAACCAGCUGACAAAAUGUCCAAAAAUAAGAAAAAGAAAUUGAAAAAAAAGCAGAAACGACAAGCAGAACUGUUGGAAAAGCGAAUACAAGAAAUUGAAGAGAUGGAGAAGGAAUCAAAUCCUCUGCAAACUGAGUCUGAAGAACAACAAGAAGUGGAGAGACCAGUUGAGCUAAUUUUAAAAGAGAGCCCCCCAGAUGAGGGGCUGCCAGCAAAGACAGAGCAAAGUAGCUUAAUGGAGGGAAUCGAAAAAUGUGUAACAGAAAUCAAUUGCAAUGGAUUGGUGCAAAUUUCUACCUUCUCGAAAUCCAUCGAUCAAGUGUCUGUGAAACUCGAGGAUGACGUUCAUAAUGCCAAUGAUUUCACUGGCCCUUCUCAAGACCAGGAAGAAGAGAGCAGUGCUUAUAGUCAAAGCAAUGGUGGUUCAGAGAACCUAAUACAGGAAGCAAUAUCACAGCUUCCUGUACCCUUAAUUUCAGAGGUUCUGGAUUCAAUGGUUUGUCAGGAACCCACAUAUGAAGAACAGUAUCUAAAUGCACAGCAGAUCAUCCAAUUGCAAGAAAGCAUCAGGUCAGAAAUUCCUUCAGAAGAUGAGAAUGAAAAUAAUGGGUCUUCUGAAAACAGUAAAGAAAAAGCUGCUGCUGGAAAUUUCCUCCUUAAUCCGCUUGAACCUGGGAAUGCAGAUAAACUCAAAGUGAAGAUAGCUGAUCUAGGAAAUGCUUGCUGGGUGCAUAAACAUUUUACAGAGGACAUUCAGACAAGGCAAUAUAGAGCUUUGGAAGUACUGAUUGGAGCAGGAUAUAGCACUCCAGCUGAUGUUUGGAGCACUGCCUGCAUGGCCUUUGAACUGGCUACAGGUGACUAUUUGUUUGAGCCUCACUCUGGUGAAGAUUAUUCUCGGGAUGAAGAUCAUAUUGCAUUGAUUAUAGAACUUCUGGGAAAAAUACCUCGUAAGCUCAUUGCAGCUGGAAAAUAUUCCAAGGAGUUUUUCACCAAAAAAGGUGAUCUGAAGCACAUUACCAAACUAAAGCCAUGGGGUCUCUUUGAAGUAUUGGUGGAAAAAUAUGAAUGGUCCCAAGAUGACGCAGCUGCAUUCACAGACUUCUUAUUACCUAUGCUGGAGCUGAAUCCUGAAAAAAGAGCUACAGCAGCACAGUGUCUCAGGCAUCCCUGGCUCAACCCCUAAAUACUCCAGUCUGAUACGGUGGCCCCCUCAUUGGGUUAUGGAAUAAAAAAUAUAAACACACACACACACACACACACACAAACACACCCCUAGAUGUCCCAGCCGUCCAGCCGUCCCUUUUCCUUCUUCCAGGUCAACUUUUUCCUUGUUGAUUUUCAGAGUGAAACUUCUCCUUGAAGGCUUUUUAGAUUUUAGAUAAAUCUAACUGUUCAUGUGAGAUUGUGUAUUUGACUUGGUGGGGACUAUUAUUAGCCAGUGGACAUCCAAUAUUAUUUGCAGUGAUUGGAGUUUGCCAAAGAAUUUUUAUGGAAAUGUGAAAUUAUUGCAUAGUCUCUUCCUUACACAGAUACCUUACCUUGAAGGAAAUCUUCUUGGGAAUAUACUCCCUUAUUAAGUAUAUUGCAGUCAUCCCAAGGGGGAUGUGAAGAGCUUUUGAAUCCCUCCUUAGCUCACUGACUCUGGGAGUCAUUUCUUAGUGCACAUUCAGAUGCUGGCAGUAAGAGGAAAAGUAGCAGAUGGCACCAAGGUGGUAGCUCCAUGAGGAGCACUAGACUCAACUAAAUCCUUAGGUGUCUGCUCUGCUGCUUGGAUAACUUUUUUUCUUAUUUUUUGGACAUACUUUUCUUUAGCCAUUGAAUCUUUUGAAAUUAUUUACAUAUAUAUAUAUAUAUUAAAAAAAACUUACACAUAUAUACACACAUGCCAUUUUUGAUCUUUGGUGCUCAGGGUAGUUCUGAGUCCAGUGAACUUAGCUCUCCAAAGGUGAGCCACAUAAACCUUAAUAAAUUUCACAAGGGAAAUAAAAACGAAAGGAUGUGGUAAAAGUAACCAUUUCUGCAGUAUGGAUCUAUGCAUUUAUUGCCUGCAGAGGGGAGUCCAGAGUACCUGAAUUCUAUGCCAGGUCUGUCCAAUAAAUAGCCUUGGGCAAUAUGUCAUUGCCAGCUUGAUAAUGUGGCACAAGAGUGCUUGAUAAAACAUUUCUGCAACCCAACCUGGAGUUUAAAAGUAGGCAUAUACCAAGUUUGUGGCGGUCCACUUGUUACAUAGGUCUCCUUUAUGCCAUUGGUGUCAUAUUGGCCAUGCGUGAAAUUGUAUUUUUAUUAGAGAGCAGUUCUCAGAAAGAUAGAUUAUAUCCUUACUGUAAAAUAAGGAAAGGUGGUAUUAGUGCUAUCUUUUCAGCCUUGCUAUAUGCCCAGACCUGGAACCAACAAAUGUUAAUGAAUGUAAUGUUAUCAACUGUGUUAACUAGUCUAGAAUGCUAGACUUCUAGAAAGUAACUUUUUAAAUAGAAUGC